AUGACGGAUCAAAAUCAGCACACGCCCAGCUCCAGCUGGGUCCAUGUAAACAUCACCACUCCUCCUGAGGCUCCUGCCGCGACAGCGUAUGCUCUCCCGUUACAAUUGGACGGGGCGCCAGUCGCGACAAUACAGGUUCUUCUUCCUCCUGGGAAAGGUUUUGUCUGGUCCUCAGUCGUGGGUCUGCCAGGAAGCCAGUCACCGAUCCCGCAAACUUUAGGGCCCGGUGCAACCGCAACGGUCGACGGAAUUCUUAUUUCGCUCGACCCAAAGGGAUCAGACAUUGUUUUCCAAAGGUCGCCAUCAGUUCCCGCUCAGACCGCAACAUCUACACUAUCUCCAAGCCCGAAUGUACCUGCUCCGACAAGUUUGGCAGUGACGCCUGCUCCAACAAACCCUCCGGCAACUGGCACCACGCCAACGAACUCUGCUUCCUCACCACCAGGUGUCGCUGUUCUACCUCAAAGUAAAGACCCAGGGCUUUCGACAGGUGCCAUCGCCGGCAUCGCAAUCGGCUGCCUUUUUGCCGGUGCCUUGCUCGCUGGAAUCAUCCUGUGGUUCUGCUGGCGCAAAAAAAGACAGUCAAAGAAUCAUUAUCCUCAACCAGAUACGUAUGCGUUAGCUUCGCAGGAGAAAGGGUUCUCCGCCAACACUAUACCGUUAGCCGGAAAACGAUCAUCUGUAGCUGCUUUGGGUGGGGGACUUCCUCAGCCUUUGGAAGACAAAGCCAUCUCUGGCGAUGUCUCGAAAAUAAGCAAUGCCAUCAAGAAUCACGUCCAGAGUUACUACCACACCAACCGUGUCAACCCUGGUCUCAUAGAUUAUGAGGACCUACACGCACUAGGACCAGGUCUACCAGUCUCGGUAGGAACGCUCACUACAUUGAUUGGAAAUGCUGCAACCCGAGAGAUUGCGCUAAGAUUCAUCAUCGCCUGGGUGAUCGUCUCGAAACUUCAACCCUCCAAAGAUCCCUCAAAGAGCCUCUUGCCGUCCGAAGUCGCGCAAUGUUACCAAGCUGUCGCAACUGGAGAUCGUGGCUAUCAAGGUAUGCGGCACGAGUUCCUUCGUCUCCUAGUGUAG